ACCCCAUAUAACAAUAUUAAAGUAACAAAUAAAUUUUAUUAAAAGGAAAGUUACAAUGGUGAAGAAUUGAAGAUGAAGGAAUAAAAAAAAAAAAAAGUAAAUUUAUUUCAACAAUAAUUAAAUUAUGAUCUUAAACGGGGCGGAGCGGAGUGGGUACCCGCGGAAUAAAAAUGUUAAAAUGGUUACGGAAAUAGGGUUUUCCCCUUUUUACAUUUUUGGACAAAGAUGGAGGCGGAGUUCUUAAACAGUUGCUGGAUGGUUGCCAUCCCCUAUAUAUUACCCAUAUAUGUAAAUAACUGAACUAUACACGGCUACACGGAUAUAUAUAUAUAGACGCGCGCGCGCGCACACACACCACAGGCCUAGAUGAAGUGGCGAGUCACUCAGUCGAGGCUCUCCAGCAAGGUUAGCAUCAUUCCGUCCAAAAGAAUUAAUGUUGAUUACAAUUAUAUGUAUCUAUAGAUCUGAUUAACAUCCCGGUCCAUGUUGAUUGUCAGUUUGAUUUUGAGUUUAUUAGAGAGAAAAAUGAAACUAUCUGAUUACCCUGCUUGCUAAUCGAUUAUAAACCAACAAAAGAUUCAAUUUCGGUGGUAGUUGGGGAAAAUUAUGAAUUACUUGCCAUUCCGUCGAAUUUCAACUCUGCUUGAUUCAGCAACAAAAAACCCUAAUUCGACACCAUUUACAAUUCCUGGAAAUCUAAAGAUAAGGAAUUGGAAUCCAAUUCCAUUACCCCAUAGAACAAUUCCUGAACCCAAAGGCCAAGACCUUGAUUAUGUGAAUGUAGCUUACAGCUACCUUGUGCACUCUGAUUGGACUAAGCUUGAUAAGUUGGUGUCUGGUCUGACACCGUUUAGAGUCAAGCACGUUCUGUUGAAGGUCCAAAAGGAUCAUGUUGUUUCCCUUGAAUUCUUCAAAUGGGUUGAACUCCGUAAACCCAAUUCCCAUACCCUUGAAAUGCAUUCCAUUGUUCUGCAUAUUCUUACCAAGAAUCGUAAGUUCAAAUCUGCUGAAUCCAUUUUGAAGAAAAUCCAUGAAUCCAGUUCGAUAGAAUUUCCUUCUAAGCUCUUUGAAACCAUACUUUAUUCGUACCGAUUAUGCGAUUCUUCACCUUUUGUUUUUGACUGUCUCUUCAAAACUUAUGCACAUAUGAAGAAAUUCAGGAAUGCCACUGACACUUUUUGUCGUAUGAAGGAUUAUGGGUUUCUCCCAACUGUUGAGUCAUGCAAUGCAUAUAUGAGCUCUUUAAUUAAUUUAAAUCGGACAGAUAUUGCUUUGAGAUUUUAUAAGGAAAUGCAGCGAUCUCGGAUUUCACCAAAUGUUUAUACUCUCAAUAUGGUUAUUGAUGCUCUUUGUAAAUCAGGGAAACUAGAAAAGGCUUUUGAGGUUUUUAGGGAGAUGGAAAAUAUGGGGUUUAAUCCUACUGUUGUGUCUUAUAACACAUUGAUUGCUGGAAAUUGUAACCAGGGCCUUUUGAGCACUGCCAUGAAGCUCAAGAACUUGAUGGAGAAGAAUGGGUGUCACCCGAAUGAUGUUACUUAUAACAUACUUAUCCAUGGGUUCUGCAGGGAUGGGAAAUUAAUUGAAGCAAACAAGCUUUUCACCGAGAUGAAAAACAUGAAUAUGGCUCCUAAUAUCAUAACAUAUAACACGUUGAUAAAUGGGUACAGCCAGGUAGGUAACAGUGAGAUGGGCCGCCGGCUUCAUGAGGAGAUGUCUAGGAAUGGAAUUAAGGCUGAUAUCUUGACUUAUAAUGCGUUGAUUUUGGGACUAUGCAAGGAGGGGAGGACAAAGAAAGCUGCAUAUCUGGUUAAAGAAUUUGAUAAGGAGAACUUGAUCCCAAACUCCUCAACCUUUUCUGCCCUUAUAAUGGGGCAGUGCGUAAGGAAGAAGUCUGAGCGAGCCUUUCAGCUAUACAAAAGCAUGAUAAAAACCGGUUGUCAUCCGAAUGAGCAUACUUUCAAGUUUUUGAUGUCCACAUUCUGCAAGAAUGAGGACUUUGAUGGAGCAGUCCAGGUCUUGAGAGAGAUGUUAAAAAGAUCUAUUGCUCCUGAUUCAGGCAUCUUAUCUGAGAUUUGCUGUGGACUUCGCCUGUGUGGCCAAGCUGAGUUAGUAUUGCAGUUGUGCAAAGAGAUUGAAGCUAGACACCUUAUGCCAGAAGGUUUUGAGAAAGCUAAAAUCAUUAGCUGUAAACCAGGAAUAGAGAGCAAAUCAAAUGAAGACGACUUGUAAGGUGAUCUUCUUGAUUACGGAAAUGUUCACGAGGCCAUUAAUGGGUGUGAUGGUGUUUUUCACACUGCAUCACCAGUAAUUGACGAUCCAUUCACACAUGAUAAGGGGCAUAUAUUUGUCUCAGUGUAUCUGGCAGAUGACGAGGAACCCACUUUAUGUUAGGGACGGAGUGCUAAAACAAAGCUUAACCUGAGUUCAAGACUGGUCAAACAAUUCUUAUAAUACAUUGAGUGGGUCUCCUGUGAUUGAUAGAUGGAAAAGCUGGGAGAAUUUUAAAAAGUUAAGUGGCACAGAAUGCGAUAGAGGAAACUAAAAUGAUCAAAUUCCUCUAGAAGCACAAGGCCGCAUUUUCAUGCCUUUUAUGCAGGUUGACAGUUCCACUUCACAAACAAAUGGUGGGACUGGAAUUGGAUUGAGCAUUAGCAAGCAUUUGGUGGACCUUAUGAAUGGAGAAAUUGGAUUCGUCAGUAAACCUGGCUGCAACUUUUGCAAAAGAAGAAACAAGUUCUCUGGAAACAAAUUGGCUGCAGUACAAUCUAACUAUUUCAGAGUUCCAGGGAUUGAGAGCAUUGGUGGUUGAUGGUAGAAGCAUCCGAGCUGAGGUCGCAAGAUAUCAUCUCCAGAGGUUGGGGAUAUCCACAGACUUAGUCAGUCAUGAUUUCACAUGCUCUUACCUAUCGAGUAACUCCAACACAAGUGCAUCAUCACAUUCAAACAUGAUUCUUGUUGAAAAAGAUGAUUUGGACAAGGAGAUUGGUCUAGCAUUACAUGAACUGCUUAGGGAGCUCAGGCCCAAUGGCUGCUUAAAUGUCCCAGAAAUUCCGCUAAAGAUAUUUCUUCUGGCAACUUCUAUAAGCUCCACUGAGUGGAAUGAGCUUAAAUCAGCUGGUUUAGUGGAUGACGUGCUAACAAAACAUCUUCGAUUAAGUGUGUUGAUUUCCUGCUUCUGAGAAGCCAUUGGAAUUGGCAAGAAGAGGCAAUUAAACAGUGGGAAACUAUUAAAUCUUGGAAAUCUUCUGAGAGAAGCGAAUAUUGGUGCUGGAUGACAAUGCUGUUAACAGAAGAGUGGCCAGAGGUGCUCUAAGAAAGUAUGGGGCAACUGUUACUUGCGUUGAGAGUGGAGAGGCUGCUGUAGCAAGCUUUGAUGCUUGCUUCAUGUAUCUCCAGAUGCCAGAAAUUGAUGUGUUUAAAGCUAUGCGACAAAAUCGCAGUCUAGAGCACAAUGUUAAUGAAAAAAUUGAAUCUGCUGACACAUCUACCAAUAUGCCUGCAAAUAUGGCUCAUUGGCACACACCAAUAAUAUCAAUGACUGCUGAUGUAAUUCAAGCAACAAAUGAGGAGUGUGUGAAGUGUGGGAUGGAUGAUUAUGUGUCAAAGGCAUUUGAAGAAGAGCAGCUUUAUUCAGCAGUGGCACGCUUUUUUGAAUCUGGUUGAUAGAGAGGGAAUGGGAUUGACAUGGCAGUGGUAAUUCACAGGUGGUCCAGCCAAGUGAUUGUUCUGACUUAUUUAUCACAGGUGGUCCAGCCAAGUGCUUGUUCUGAGUAUAUAUUCCAAAGCAAUUUGGCCUUCCAACUACUGACAUCCCUCACCGCUAUGAGAUGGUAUGAUAGGCUCAUUCCAAUGGCAUUCUUCUAGCCUUUCCUCAUCUGGAAUUCCAAAUGCAGUGGCAGAUGUCAAUUGGUGGUGAUCUGUUUCCAGGAAUGCUGAGAUUGCCACCAUGAUUAAUGGUUUGUAAUGCAUGGAUAUCCACAGAAAGCAAUGAACGAGCUGUGACCAGUUUGCCAUUAUCCAUUCUACAUCAUCUGCUCACUUCACGAGGGACACGAUAAGAGAAAAGGAACUUAUUAUUAUUUUUAUUGUUUAUGCCCCUUUUAGUUAGAUUAGAUAUGGUUGGCAUGAUUUUUGUAACAUUGGCAUUCUUCCUUGAAGAAGGUAUAAGCAUAAAAUGUUUGCUUUAGAAUACGCAUAUUAAAUCCUAAUGAGACGAAUGACUCUUCUUCUUCUCAAUAAUUUUUGUAGGGAAGAAUGCGGAUAAAUAGUAAUCACAUUGCGAGAAGUAGAUGGAUUGUUAUUUUGACAUUGUAUUGUUUUAACUUCAAUUCUACCUGUUUUGAAGGUGAUUGAACAGGUCACUGGACAAGGAGGUAGUAGUUAGUGAAGAAGUAAAACUGAAGGAAAUUCUCAUAGAAAACCCUUUGGUGAUGAAAUUUGGUCAUCAGUGAGCUAGUGCACUUGAGGAUAUGUUCUUUGUGAAAAUAUUUUGUAUUCAUCCUAAUCUCUGUGGAUUGUGUAUGAAAUAGAGCUCCUUUUUGUUUGUUUUU